AAAGACGUACCUUCUCCAGAAUCUCGAAGAGAACAUUCAGACCCCAUGGCUAGGCUCGUGGUGCGUCAGUCGUAUCUCUGUGUCAAGCAGAUUACCAAAAAGGAGCAAAUAGCUCAUCUAUUCCACCUCUUCUCAAGAACUCUCAUACCAAGAACGAAGCCCGUUCCAGACUUACAAAAGAGCAACCGCAGUUUACCCAGCCGUUUACCCCUGGAUAUACACAAUUCCCAUCCUCUCCCUCACGCACAUCCAAUCGCCAACUCCCACCCCAUCCACAAUAUCCUUAUCUCCCACCUAUAUCAAUUGAACCUCUCACAAUGCCUCAAACCGCCGACAACCUCCUCAGCGAUCCCGAAAUCGCCACCGCCUACGAAGACGUCCGUUCCGACAAAUCCGCAACGACAUGGAUGGUCCUCAAAUACAUUUCUGGCACUUCUGAUGCGUUGAAAUUGGACAGUACCGGUGAAGGAGAGAUUUCGGAGAUGGUGGAGCAUUUGGGGGAUGAUGAGGCUGCGUAUGCAUUUGUGAGGAUGACGGUGGGGAAUGAUGAGUUGUCGCAGAGGGUCAAGUUUGUGUUUGUUUCUUGGUGUGGACCCAACACUAGAGUCAUGCGCAGAGCCAAGAUGACCACUCAAAUCGGUCAAGUCAAGCAGGUCUUGAGAAGCUACGCCAUCGAGAUUCAGACCGACAGCAAGACCGAUCUCAAGGACUCAGAAGUUAUCAUGAAGCUGAGAAAGGCCAUGGGUGCCAACUACGAUCGUCAAGCCUCAGGCUACUAGAAAUCCAUCCGCCUUCUCCAUCACCAGCAUGGCGAUUUACCGACAGCGAUCAUAUAGGCGACGAAAGUCAUAAUAGACAAUCCUUCACAGAAACAAUUAAUUAGAGCUCCAAGAUAGCGAGCAGUCACAGUCGGCAGACCCAAAAGCAUUUAGUUCGACCAAGAGUCCAAGACUUGAGCCCUUGACGCUUGAUUCACCAGUCUCGUAUUUCUCCUCCAAUGACCUACUCCUCGUCAAUCUGACCUCAAAUUGCUUAGGAAAAGAUAUAUGCAUAAUCGCAUCCCU